CACACAUCCUGCCGUGUCACUCACACGCUCUGCAUCUGGCCUACUGAGUAGCGCACCACUGCUGCAGUACUCUACCAGCACAACAAUGGAUACCCCAGCACUAGUUCCACUGACCCCCACAGCCUGGCCAAACUCCACCAUCCCCACAAGUCCGCCAGAGUGCGAUAUCUUCACCUACCAGGAAGCGGCGCCGGUGAUCUACCCCAUCUUCUACACACUAGUCUUCUUGGUCAGCCUGCUGGGCAACACCCUGGUCCUCCUCAUCUCCUGCCAGCACACGAGGCGGCAUAAGGUCAACGCCACCUCCAUCUACCUGGUCAACCUGGCCGUGUCCGACGCCCUCUUCACGCUGGUCCUCCCUACACGCAUCACCUACUACAUCCGCCACUUCGACUGGCCCUUCGGCGACGCCCUGUGCCGGGUCACGACCGUGCUCUUCUACACCAACACCUACGCUGGCAUCGCCUUCAUGACCUGCAUCAGCAUGGACCGCUACCUGGCCAUGGUGCACCCGCAGCGGGCGCAGGGGCUGAGGAAGGUGGGCACGGCCCGCCGGGUGAGCUGCGUGGUGUGGGCCAUCGUGAUGAUGCAGACCACGCCGCUGCUCUUCAAGCAGAUGGUGAUGGAGGACCACGGCCGGAGGACGUGCAUGGAGUACUUCAAGCUGGAGCUGUCGCCCUACAUCCUGCUGGCCGCCGUGUUUGUGGGCUUCUGCUUCCCGCUGGCCCUCAUCCUCUUCUGCUACAGCUGCAUCAGCCUCAAGCUGUCCCGCACGGCGCGCCACAACCCGGUGGUGUGCCGCACAGGUCGCGGUGACCAGGCGCGGAGCAUCAUCCUGGUGAUCCUGGUCACCUUCCUGCUCUGCUUCAGCCCCUACCACGUCAACAUCAUCCAGUUCAUGGUGCGCAGGCUGGCGGCGGUGGGUAGCGCCAGCGCCAUGGAGCCUGCCCCGUGCGACCAGCAGCGGGCCUUCAAGGUGGCCCUGCAGGUCACCGUGUCCCUCAUGAACCUCAACUGCUGCCUGGACCCCAUCAUCUACUUCUUGGCCAUCAAGAGCUACAAGGAACGCGUGGUGCGCUUCCUCAGGAUGCGCCUGCCCUCUUCCACCACCGGGGGAGUGACGGCGAGUCUGAGGAGCGGGCCGGAGUGCAGCAGCAGCAACACCUGAGCUGCUGAGGUGUAACGUGGCAUCAUGCAACAGCGUUUGGAUAACACGCCAACUUGAACUGUCUGUCGCAUGUGUGCACUACGACUUUGCAUGUUAACUCACGCUCUACAACCUCUUGAGACAGGUUAGGGUUAGGGAUGGUUCUGGUCUCGGCACAAUUUCGCCAUUUUCUACGCUUGUUUCACUGUUGCUGGCAAACAUACAUUAAAUCGUCAGAAGCGUUGCUUUACUGAGAGGUUAGGGUUAGGGAUGGUUGUGGUUAGGGAACGGCAGAACAUUUUCGCGUUCAGCAACAGAAAUGCCUGCGGGGAAACGUUUUGCCUUGCGCGAUACUGUUUUUUUGCAGAGCACGACUUAACAUGCAAAGUCGUUGCACGAAUCCGCAGAAUGCAUUGGCGUAACAUAAAAUGCCUUUUCAUGAUGCCAGUCUGUGAGGUGGCGUGGUGUGGCCUUGCCUCGCCAACAGGUUGACAAAACCGGGACUAAGAAAGUAGAAGUUCCAGCUUUGUGUUUACCUUUUCUGC